AUGAUCUCAAUCUUCCGUCACGUUGAUCACGUUUAAACACUUCCUGGUUGAGACAAAAACAUAGUGUUGUGUCUACUUUUCUAAAUUUUCUUUGUUUGGAUGCAGUUACACGUUAUUAUACGAAAUUAGCAUUAUUUGGUUAAUAAUCUUUCAGUUUCGAUGCAUUGAGUGGAUUUAUUUCUUGGCUUUGAAGAGCUCUAACAUUUUGACCGCGUUGUUUUGAAAAAUAUACACAAUGACCUGAGAAAAUAGUUCUUUAAGUUGGAAAACCACCCCUCAAGGCUACGUUGGGAAAAUGAGGCGGUAUGUUAAGUCCUCCCUGAGACAGGGCAGAGAUCCUGUAUCUGAGGGACCUGCUGAAGCCGAGAGCAGUGACUCUGGAGACAGCUUGUUCAUAACUCAGAAGCCAGUACCUGAGGCUGUGAGAUCAGGAAGAAGUACUCGCUACAGCUGGUGGGCAAAACCCUUAUCUCCCACAGAUAUUGAAGAAAGCGAAGAAGACAAAGAAUCGUCAGACUCCUACCAUGGAGAAUCCCCAUCUGGCAAUUUGCACAGAAUAAAGAAAAUCAGGUUGCCAAAAUUCAGUUUCCCUUUCCGUGCAGAGCGGAAGCGUGUGUUGUUACGUGUACACAACGAACGCCUUCAUAGUUAUCUGAUGGGAGGCUUCUUUGAAUGUGUCAGACUUAGAGAUCUGAGGAUGGGCUGUCAAACAACGAAGGAUGUGGAGUCAUCUUUACCAACUGUUGACAUGGAUGGGGAGCACAUAUCUCCAUUGUCAGAAGAAGACGAAGAAAGGUUGGAUGAGGAAGACAUCAAAGUCGUGGAGAGGAAACAAUUCCUGAUGUCCUCAAAAUCAAGCAGAAAAAAGAAAAUAUCUGCGGCAGAAGAUGUUAGGCAGGAAAAUGUAAAUGGAAGCGUGGAAACUGCUGUGAGAGUGGAGGAUUAUUUGGCCUCAGGGAGCUGUAACAUGGAGUACAAUGGUGAGGACGUUGAGCAGUUUGGAACCUUUACCGAACCUCCAGAUGCAAAUGUUGAGACACGGAAGAAGAAAAACAAAAAGUGGGGGGGGAGAGAGGUGAUUGUUACUACAGAGGAAUGUGAAGAAGAGGAGGCACCUAAUCGCACUUUAGAUUUGCUGCAAAUAUCCCCAGAAAAGUUGGAGGGAUUAGAAAUCUGUUCAAAAAAUGCUGCAGAAACUCAGGAAAAAUUCAAAUCCAGGUACGUCAAAAAGAAGGAGCACAAAAAGAAGCAAGCAUCACCUUCCAAAGAUGCUACUCAAGAGGUAGAUACUCGUUACUCUCAUGAAAGAAAUGAAAAGGUUGAUAAUACCCAAAAAACAAAGGAGGGCCUUGAAGACCAAAAUGCUGAUCUGACUGAAAGAAAGAAGAAAAAGAAGAAAAUAUUAAACAGCAAUUUAUUUGAAGACCACGUGCCGCAAAGUGAUGAUUCAGUGUCUAUGAAGGAAAAGGAAGAGAAAGGCACCUCUUCCUUCCUUGUAGCUGAUGCAGAAGAUAACGAUGCACCCGUGGAACAGAAUGACAGCGACGUCAGGAAAAAGAAAAAAAAGAGAAAGAUACCAGUAGCGCAGGACAGUGUUGAAAUAAAUAUUGAGCAGAGUUUUGAGGAACCAAACAAAUGGGUGAAAAGGAAAAAGAAAGAAACAGGAAAUAAAACCGAUUCGGUGACCCCCACGGAAAGAUUGAAAAGUGCAGGUGAUGGGGAAUUUUCUCCAACUGAUGAGGCUGUGGUGUCGAAAAAGAAACGGAAAAAGAAGAAAAGGUGUAAAGCUGACCCAUGCAAUGUGAUACAAGAGGAUCCAUCUGCCACUGAAGAUGUUGAAUCUCUAAAGUCUUCGCUGAAUGACUGUAGCUCAGUUUCACAUAAGAAUAUAGGCAAAAAUGCUCCCAGUGCUGAGACUUUUCACUCAAAAAUUGAAAUGUCACCUUCAUACAGUAUCGUGGAUAGCAAAAGUAAAAAGGUCAGACGAAGACUUCACAAUCCAAGCAAGGAUUUCUUCAAACCCACAGAUUAGGUGAAAGGUAGACACCCGAACACACAAAAUCACUGAUACACUUUAUCUAUCACUUGCAUGGACAGUGUUUUCAGUGAAGUUGUGAAAAUGUCGUUUCUUUUUUGUAUCAAAGCAUUUCACUAACAACGUUCUUUACCUUUUUGGUGUUACGAUAAAAUGGGAAAAUAAUUUCUAUUCUACCUACUAUCAACAUAACAAUAACUGAAACUUCAUUAAAGGAUAUUCAUGAA